AUGGCACUCAGAACAUUGAUUGUUGGUGGAACAAGUGGAAUCGGCCUGGCCAUGGCCCACCACAUCGCUGCAGCCUCCCCCCAAGCUCUCGUCACUGUCUGCGGUCGCACCAAACCUGCCAACCUACUCUCAAACAUUCAGUUCUCACCAAUCGAAGCUACGUCUAUGCGUGGGAUCAAGCAAUGGGCAGACAGCUUCAAAGACACGCUCGCAGGGUGCCCUAUUGACUUACUCGUCCUGUCGCAAGGAACUUCCAACUUUGCCGGCCGUGACGAGACCAACGAGGGGAUCGACCGCAAAAUGGCGCUUCACUAUUACAGUCGGCAACUCAUUGUCCGUGAACUGACUCCAGUUCUCAAACGGGAUGCAAAAGUUCUGUUCAUCUUGAAUGGCAAGGAAGGUUCUCCGGCUCAUAUCAACUGGAACGACCUGGACCUCAAGACAAGCUACUCUAUGAGCACGGCUGCUCAGCAGUCUGCGACUAUGCUCGACAUCAUGGUCCAACAUUACGCCGCCGUGCAGCAAGGGAGCGACAGACGACAUUAUGCACACGUGUAUCCGGGCGGAGUCUUGACUGGCCUUACAAGAGCCUGGCCGUGGUACAUGAGAGCAGGAGUCAAGAUGGUUGGCCCCUUGAUCGCUGUGAAGCCUGAGACGUGCGCUCAGCUUCUCCUAGAUAAUCUUGACAAGGUCACAAGCGCAAGAGAGAAGGAUGGGUAUUUCUGGAGCAACAUCAAUAGCGAUGGGAGUGUCAUCAAGGACAAGACCGUCUGGAGCCAGGACCAAAUGAAGUAUCUAGCCGAACAUACAUGGAGAACUAUCGAUACCGCUCUUAGUUAG